CCACACUGCUUGCAACUUUACAGAGGAGCUCCUCAGCACUGUAUUGUUAUUUUUUUGUAUAUUUUUUUGAUUAAAUCAAAUUGAAUUAACUUGAUUGCAAUGUUAACGUUGUGCGCGAGAAACAACGAGGAGGCAGCUGUGCGGCCCCUCGCACUCUGAUAACGUUGAUUAUAUACGCAGAUAUAGAUAGGAUCGUAAACAGAAGAGCGUCGCGGCACGGUACAGCGAGAGAGUGAGAGCGAGCAAGCGUAUGCCAGUGCGUGUGUGCCUGUGUGUGUGUGCCUCCAUGUGAAUGUGUUUGUGUGGGUACAAAUUUCGUGUGCGGCGGUUGCAGAGAAGCAGAAGAAGAAGGGACACGGCAACGGUAAGGCUCAUCCAGCCUCCGUCUCCGCCGUAACGUAAAAAGUGCAACUACAUCUCCGGCUAAAGCUGCAGCCACAAUCCCCAGCUCCAGUGGAGGAGGAACUGGCUCGGGCACGGGCCCCUGGCCCUGGCCAAACCUAAUCAAUGCAAAAGGAAGAACAACACCAAAAACACCACAUCGGAUAAAAUGAAUUUACUGCAAAAAAUUGACGGCAGCAUUAGCUCUCCGAACACGCCGGGCGGUGGUGCCAUCGGUGGUGGGUGCAGCAGCAGCAGCAACAACAGCAUCAACAGCGGCAGCUACGCGAGUGCCUCCUCAGUUCCCGUCGCAUGCACACCGCCGCCGCCGACGCACCACCACCACCACCACCACCAGCACCAGGGAGGAGGGAGGGCCGGAGGCGGAGUGCCACCGGCACCGCCGAGCGCCGUUCACGGCAAUCCGAGCGGAUCUUCGGGGCAUAAGAACAGCCUCAAGGGAACGAAGCUGGCACGACGGGCACGCUCCUUUAAAGACGACCUGAUCGAAAAGAUAUCCCUAAUGCGGACCACCAACAACACGCUGGGUCGCUCCCACUCGCCGCACAGUCCGCGUACGAAGCAUGGCGCCGGUGUCAAGCCGCCGCCCUCGAACGAGGAGGUGCAGCGCUCCACACAGACACUGGAGACGCACGUCAAGGAUAUAUCGAAUGCCCUCAAGCACUUUCGGGACGUUAUUCUGAAGAAGAAGCUCGAGGUGCUGCCCGGCAAUGGCACGGUCAUCCUGGAGACCAUUGCCAGCAUGUAUUCCGUUAUCCAAACGUAUACCCCACUGAAUGAGAACAGUGCCAUCAUGAGCUCGGCCACGCAGCAGGUCUACCAAUCCCUGGGGAAACUCAUCAAACUCUGCGACGAGGUAAUGCUCUCCGAUGAGAGCGGCGAGUGCCCCUCCCUGAGCAACGAUAAUGUGCGCGAGGUUAUCGAUCUACUCGAGGACGCAGUGAGGAAUCUCGUAACCCUGGCCCAGGGUAAGCUAAAGGAGCAGGAUCAGUGCGCCUUUCGCUACAGCGGCUCCUCCGGCCUGGGCGGCAUUGGGGCCGCAGCCGAGAUUAUGGGUGCGGUCACAGCAUCCAGUACGAAUGCAGGCGGCGGAGGCAGCGGCGGCAUACUACCGGUUGGUGGUGUGCCCGGCACCGGGAUCACGGGCGUGGCCAGCAUGCGGAUCUCCGCUGUCGACAACGCGGCCGUUGGCCAGCGCACCUCCCUGCCAGACAUUGCCCUGUCGCCGAAGGAGCGGGCUAUCCUGGAGCAUCGGAAUGUGAACCCCAUGCGGGGAUCGCACAGCACCGAGAGCAUACUCCGCGACACGAGUCCGCCGCCAAAGCCGCCGCUACCGAAUCGGGCAAGCAAUCCCCCACCGCUGCCACCCAAGCGACGCAGUCAGCCGCAGGCGCCUCCCGGUGGCUCCUCCUCAUCGACGUCCACCUCUAACCAGGCCAGUCCGCUGCCCUAUGCGCAGUCGCACAACAUCAGCCUCAACUCGGACCUGGACUGCAGCUCCAACAUCUCGCUGCUGAACUACGGUGUGGAUCGAUUAUCGGUGCGUUCUCGUUCCCCGGAUGAGAAUAGCCAGUGCUCCUUUGACUCGGCUCUGAAUCACUCGCGCGAGGAGGAGGAUCUGCAGCAACAGCAACAACAACUGAAGCAGACAUUGAAGCUGAUGGAGGAGGAUGCGGACAAGAUGAUUAGCUACAAAGCCGCCGGGUCCGCAAGCGCUGCUGCACAGGAAAUGGUCAUGGCCCAGGCACCAACCAAUGCGCAGACACUGCUCCCAGGAACAGGAGUCCCAGGCCCAGGCCCAGGCGCAAGUGGAGCAGGUGCAGCUGCAGGAGGUGGAGGGGAAACUAACACGGAGCUGCGCACUGCGACGGCAGCCCUCACCAACAAUCGUCAUUCGAACGAAUCGGGUUUCGUGUCGAUGAAGUCGUUCCGCACAUCCACGCAGAGCGUCUCCAAGCGCUCCUCGGACUACAGCGUGCAAUCGUCGGCCAAAUCGUCUAGUAGCAAUUCGGAGAUUGCGAUCAGUAUCAGCGAGUCAGCGUCGGCGACAGCGAGUGCGGCCAGCAGCGAGUACCAGCAGAUCAGCCAGUCGGUCAGCCACAGCAGUCAGCGGUCGCAGCAGCACAUCUCCAGCAGCUGCAGCAGCAGCAUGACCACCACCACCAUGAGCAGCUACAGCAGCGGCGAUCAGCAGGAGCAGGCGGCCCCAACGGAGGCAGCAGCACCCGCCCUGCCGCCCAAGUUGACAACACCGGUAGCGACGGCGACGGCGACGGCGACGGCGACGUCAACGGCAACGGCGACAACAACGCACCAGCGCACGCUGACGCGUCACGAAUCGAGCGCCCUCGACGAGCUGGACUGGAGCCAGGGCGCAGCCAGCAGCAGCAGCAGCAGCAGCAGUGCCGCAGAGGUGGCAGAGCUGAGGCAACUGUCGCCGCACCAUCACCACCAGCAACAGCUGCACCAGUGGCAUUCGAAGCACCAUAGCCUGAUCGAGCCGCCGCGCAGUGCCCCCCACCAUUUCGCUGGCAGUUGCAGCGCCUUCGAUCAGAGGCAUCGCGAGCAGCCGCCGCCGUUGCCCAUGAAGAGGAAGAACAUGUUUCAAAGUGUGGCAUUCUCGGUUAUGGCCUACAUGGAGCUCUGCCAGAGACCGACCCUCUCCAUCGAGCAGCACCGACACACGAUGCAUGCGUACAACAUCAGCCAGAAUAUCUCCCACAGCCAGACAAUGAACAUUCUGCCGAUGAGCAAGGAGCUGUCGCCCGAGCUGCAGACACCACCAGCCCUGCCGCCAAAGAACUACAAGCAGCGCAAGCCGACGCCCUCUUUGCAGCCGAUGAUUGUCACAACACCGCCGCCCAGUCCAAAGCCGACUCUGGGCGAGAAUGGGUCGAGCGGAGGCUGCGGUGGUGGCGGCAGCGGGCGGCCAGACAGUCGUAUGGCCACUGUCUGUGAAGAGCAUAACGAUUCCCUGGUCCUCGACAACAAUGAGAAUGUGAAUGUCAGUUCUGGCGACGGCGAUGGAGAGGGCGAAGGCGAGGGUCAAACCUUCUAUUGCCACUCGCAUCAGCUGCCGGAUGAGCCGGUGGCAGCGCAAACAUUAGCGGACACUGAUCAGCAGCAGCAGCAGCCCAUAAGCACGCCCAAGCUGGUCGAUGAAGACCAAGAGUCGAGAGUCGCCCCAGAGUACGAGGCUGAGAAGCAGCAGGAACAGCAGCAGCGUCAACGGCAGUCUGAUGGUAGCGACAGACAGCAGCAGCAGGACGCUGGCGAGGUGGAGACGCUGAUCAAUAUGCUGGAGGAGGUCAAUAUAACGCGCUAUCUAAUACUCAAGAAGAAGGAGGAGGACGGGCCAGAGGUCAAAGGCGGCUACAUUGACGCGCUCAUUGUGCACGCGAGCCGUGUCCAGAAGGUCGCCGACAAUGCAUUCAGCGAGGCGUUCAUCACCACCUUCCGCACCUUCAUCCAGCCGAUCGAUGUGAUCGAGAAGCUCACCCAUCGCUACACAUACUUCUUCUGCCAGGUGCAGGAUAACAAGCAGAAGGCCGCCAAGGAGACCUUCUCGCUGCUGGUGCGGGUUGUCAAUGAUUUAACAUCUACGGACCUCACCAGCCAACUGCUUAGUCUGCUGGUUGAGUUUGUCUACCAGCUGGUCUGCUCCGGACAGCUAUAUCUGGCCAAGUUGCUGCGCAACAAGUUCGUGGAGAAGGUGACGCUCUACAAGGAGCCCAAGGUAUAUGGCUUUGUCAGCGAACUGGAGCUGGGCGGAACGAUUACCAGCAGCGGAGCCGCUGGCGGCGGCGGUGGUGGUGGUGUUGGCGGUCUGUCCGGCAAUAGCAGCAGCAGCAUGAGCAGCGGCAGCAGCAAUCAACCCAGUUUGCUGGACCUCAAGUCUCUGGACAUUGCCGAACAGAUGACGCUGCUGGAUGCGGAGCUGUUCCAGAAGAUCGAGAUACCCGAAGUAUUACUAUUUGCCAAAGAUCAGUGCGAGGAGAAGUCGCCCAAUCUCAACAAGUUCACCGAGCACUUUAACAAGAUGUCCUACUGGGCACGCUCCAAGAUCCUGCGACUGCACGACGCCAAGGAGCGGGAGAAGCAUGUGAAUAAGUUCAUUAAAAUCAUGAAGCAUCUGCGUAAGAUGAACAACUAUAAUUCGUAUCUGGCGCUGCUCUCGGCCCUCGAUUCGGGCCCCAUUCGAAGGUUGGAGUGGCAGAAGAGCAUCACCGAGGAGGUGCGCUCCUUUUGUGCCCUCAUCGAUUCCAGUUCCAGUUUUCGGGCCUACCGCCAGGCCCUGGCCGAAACCAAUCCGCCCUGCAUACCCUAUAUCGGUCUGGUCCUGCAGGAUCUGACGUUUGUGCAUGUGGGAAACCAGGACUAUCUGUCCAAGGGUGUCAUCAACUUCUCCAAACGCUGGCAGCAGUACAACAUCAUUGUGAACAUGAAGCGUUUCAAGAAGUGUGCUUAUCCGUUUCGACGCAACGAACGGGUCAUACUGUUCUUUGAAAACUUCAAGGACUUUAUGGGCGAGGAGGAGAUGUGGCAGAUAUCGGAGAAGAUCAAGCCACGCGGACGUCGCCCCCAAAACUACUAAAAAAAAAAGAAAACAAAACAACUGGAAAGAUGCAAGAGAAUGCAGCAACUACAAAACACCAACUAUAUAUACACGGAAUAUAUAUGAUAUAUUAUAUAAAAAACAAAAUAUAAAAAAAAAUACAAAAUAAUGCAAUGGCCGUGGAGGAGCAGCAACAACAGGAGAUCGGAGAUCAGGCUGAGGAUGCGUAUGCGGAUGUGGAUGUGUAGGAGAAUGUGGAACUGGAGCAGGAGCAAAAGCAGAAGCAGAAGCAGUGGAAUCAGCUGAAACUAUUAUGGAUGGGUCUGAGCAAUAAUAACGUUCGCUAUUCGCUGUCUAUAUAUACAAUACAUA